CAAAGGGACAACGUAAGCCAAGAAACAAGCUGAGCUGCCCCGGAAGAGUGGUGCCAGACAGCUGCUGUCACCAGGCACUUGACAAGAAGGAAAAGGAGGCUUGAGACACUCAGCCUGAGGUCAGACUCCAUGUAGGUCGAGCAACGCCGCCAAACAGCCCUUGCCGAUGCCCAGGCCCUGAGCUGCCGCGUCCUGCGGGCUCCCGUGUCCAGAAUGGCCUGCACUGAGGUCCCGCGGCGGCCCGUCCCGCAGCAGCCCCAGCCCUUUUCCACAGGAGCCGUCACCAUCAACACAGCGAGCCCUGCUGGGGGGCACUGUGGCUUAACAGACGGUGACCUAGAGUGCCUGGUGUGCAGAGAGCCCUACAAUUGCGCCCGGCUGCCCAAGCUCCUGGGGUGCCAGCACUUCUUCUGUGCCGUCUGCCUGAAGCUCCUGUUGUGCGUGCAGGAUGACACGUGGUCCAUCACCUGCCCACUGUGCCGCAAGGCCACCACCAUCCCUGGGGGCCUCAUCUGCAGCCUGCGUGACCAGGAGGCCGUGGUGAGGCAGCUGACCAGGCCAUGCCCAGAGGUGCGGCUCUGUCCUCAGGUCCUGUCGGAUCCUGUCGUGUUGGCAGCAGGGAAUCCCAGCUUGGUAGGAGAGGAUGGGCAGGACACAGUGAAUGCCAAUCGCAUGGCAGCCCGGCGCCUGGCGGCACACCUGCUCCUACUGGUCUUACUCAUUAUCCUCAUCCUGCCCUUCAUCUACCCGGGGGUCAUGCAGUGGGUGCUCACCUUCAUUAUCGCACUGGCCCUGCUGCUGUCUACCAUCUUCUGCUGCCACCCCAGCAGCCAGGGCAGCUGCUGGCCCUCCCCAAGGACUCUCCUGUGCAGGGAGCAUAAACACAGUGAGAUCUCCUCCAUUGCCUGAGUGCUCUGGCCAGGCAGCCGCUGCCAUGCCUCCUGCCUCGUGGGCCUCGUUACUCUCACUGUGAACAGGGUAAGGGACAGGGGCUAUAAACUGCCUGGCUCCCUCGGGAGGUGAAAUGCCAGCUGGACCUGCAAGCAAAGCCAGAAUGGCCAUCUUGGGUCAAGAACUAUGCACAUGGAUGAUAGACUUAGCCUGCCCAUGGUAUAGAGCACCUGCACCGUCUGGCAUGGGGAAGGAGGCACAAAUUACUUGAACGCUGCAAACGGGGGCCUCCUGUUACUUUUAUUCUGAUGUUUCUGGUUUUCCUUUAUAUGCCUGAUGACUUUAUUGCAGAACAAAUAGAAUGAGGACUCCUUUUUCGCAACUUCUGUAGCCGAUUCUGUUUUCUUGCUGUGUUUUGGUUCGGUUUUUGGAUUUGGGACAGUUUGUUCAUAUUUCUGGCUGUCGCACAUUUUCUCUCCCGGGAAGUUGGAGCCCACAGGAAGUUGUCCUGUGCUCCCCGUCUGGUGCCCAUCCCACCUUGCCAAAGGUCCAGUGAUUUGGGUCUCCCACUGAGUGGUCCCUGGGGACGGAGAGAGACAGAGAAAGAGAGAGAGAGAGAGAACUCAUGCAGAGAACACCUGAGAUGCCGCAGGGGACGUCCACAUUUAGUUGGGAGAGUCGGGGAGGGGUGGAGAGGAUGCGGGUGGGUCUGGGAAUUGCUCCCAGCAGACUUCCAGUGUUUCCCAGCUCUACACCAUCGAGACCUGACUUAGAGAAUCUCAGGGUUACAAGGACUUCUCCCCACAAUAAGUCCAACUAUUCAUCAGCUGCACAGUCCACACUGCAGAACCAAAUCUUUAUGGGUGUUGCUUCCCUUACUAUUACAUCUCAGUUCCAAGUGUGCUUUUGUCAUAAAGAUAAGAGGCCCAUAAAUGCAACGGUCCUCUCUGAUAACUCCACCUUUCCCGCUUUGCCCCAAGAGUCACGGUCAUUGAAAAGCUUUUGUGUCUUCUAUCGACCAUUUCUGCCCCCAUAACACAGAAGAGGCUUCUGCCGGAGAGGAUGAUCUUCCGCAGUUGUCAGAGUCAGGCCUCAGCCAGGGGGAACCUGUGGGGGAUACAGAGGAGUGGAAGCUCAAUCUUCCCAAGAGUUUUAUGACGGAGAGAUCAUCUUGCUGAUGAGGAGACUGAGGAACCAGAGAGGUAAAUUCAUCUGCCUAAGGCUGCACAGCCAGCCACUACCAGAACUCCCCAGGGAAUUAUUCCAGGGCUCUCUCUGCUCCAUCAUGCUGCCUCAUUUGUGUGCAGUUCCAAAACAACCAGGAAACUGGUCACUGCUUGUGAGCUUGC